AUGCUGUCUAGGUCAUCAUUUGGAGGUAAUAGACCAUCAAGAAAUCAAAAUGGAUAUUCGCUGAAUAAAAGAUACGAAGGCAAAGGAUUUAGUCGAGGAUCAUCUCAUCAAGCACAACGAAAUCAGCACAAUCAACAUAAUCAAUAUAAUCAACAUAAUCAGCAUCAUCAAACCAAUCAAUCAUCAUCAAGACAAGACCAUAGGCACUUUAAUAGUCGGCCAACACAGUCCCGAACACAACAUGGAAACUCAUCGUUUAGAGCAAGACUGAACUUAUAUCAACAACAUUCAUCUACCCCGUCUACACAUCAAUCAAGAGAUAAUACAUAUCAAAUAUGGAUGGGUGAUCUAGAUCCGAAUUGGGAUGAAUAUGCAAUUGAAACCAUAUGGACAAAUUUAGUAACGAAACCAAAAUCAAUUAAAUUAAUCAGAGAUAAAUUACAACCACUGAAAAUAUCUUACUGUUUUGUAACUUUCCCUGAUCAAGAAUCAUUUGAAUUAGCAUUACAAAGAGAUAAUCAACCUGUACCAAAUACAAAUAAAUAUUUUAAAUUAAAACAAGCCAAUAUAUCCAAAUCACUUCUGAAAUCUGGAUCAAAUGCAGUUGGUGGAGAAUUUACAAUAUUUGUUGGAGAUUUAUCACAAGAAGUUAAUGAAAAUUUAUUAUUUCAAAAAUUUAAUACUAAAUAUCCAAAUCAAAUUAAACAAGUUAAAGUUGUUAUAGAUCAAAAUACUAAUAUAGGUAAAGGGUUUGGAUUUGUGAAAUUUUUAAAUGGAGGAACAAUGCAAAAGGCUUUACAAGAAAUGCAAGGUGUAAUGGUUGGAUCUAAACCUAUUAGAGUAGGUAUUGCUGCUGGAUCAGAAACACCUCAGUCUUCAUCAAAUAUACAUGAACAAAGAUCAAUAGAUUAUAGGAAAAUAAAUAUACCUCAAACUCAACCAGAAUUGAAUCCAAUGACUGAUGAAAACAACACUUGUAUUACUAUUCAUGGAUUAUCUUCAAAGUUUACUACUGAAGAAUUGAGUGAUAUAUUUAUUGCAUUUGGUGAUUUGGUUUAUCUGCAAAUUUCAAAUAAUUUUGAUACUGGUUAUAUCAAAUUUCUACUAAGAUCAUCUGCUGAAUCAGCUAUGUUGUAUUUAAAUGGUUCGACCAUAAACAAUUGUAGGUUGAAAUUAACUUGGGGAAGUAGUUAUUUAGUUGAUCAACCAGAAGGAUUAAAUUUCGAACCAAUUACCGAAGUAACAAAUUUUAAUUAUUCAAAACAACAAGCACCACCAAAUUUAUAUCAUUCAAUUGAUUAUGUUAAUGAAAAUAUUAGCUUGCUCAAAGAUGAAGAGAUUAAGAGUUUUGCUAAUAGAUUAGAUGAAACUGAAAUCACUUCCUCAGAUCAUCUAUAUUUACAAAAAAAAAUGUGUAGAUUGUAG